GCGCACGGUACAACGCAAUUUUAUAUUUCUUAUGAACAUUAAUUUACAGCACGUGCCUGUGCAGCGUUAAUCGUAUAUCUAAUUUGGAGAUAAUACCAUCGGAACACAGACGACACGAGAAAUGGUUUCUUAAACUAUUUAUUGGGUCUAGUUGCCUGAAGAGGAUGGAUGUUAUUAACUUUUCAAUUAAGUAAACAGAUGAUCAAUACGUGUAGACAUGAACUUUUAACUUGUUCUGUAACGGUCCCUCCUCUGCGGCUCAAAUAAACCUACUUGUGUUGACCCGUCAGCAUCUUCACGUUUUUUAGAUCGUGCUUGGUUACGUUUCAAGUACGCAUGUGUGAAAAUUGACGCUGUUGGACUGUCACCCUGUCAGUGUCAUAAGGUUCAAUACCAGUAACUGUCAACUGCAGAAUGAGAAUCCUGCUUUUGCUCCGAUGUAUUUAAAAUUCAAUAUCAAGUCACCUGGAGGCAUUCGAACAAUAAACAUGGAAAGAGUAAACUUGACUUUGGAUUCAAAUUCAAACUUCAGCUAUUGCCCCAACGUUACCGCGGGUGUUGACCGCAUUUCUGAAGUGUUUGCGGUGGCUUCUACUGUUUAUUUAGCAGUUCUUUCCCUGGGAAUCACAUUUGGAAAUGCACUUACGGUGUUAGCUCUCUGGAACAACAGUCUGAUUUACAAAGAGACCUACUAUUCAAUCCUGUCUCUGGCCGUGUCCGACUUUCUCAUCGGCGUGGUAACCAUACCCUCCUACAUUGCCUGGUUGUACUGCAGUCUAGAAGACCUCAGCAAUGACCUAUGUUUGGCCAUAAUUGCGAGCUCUUUAUUUCUGACUGUGGCUUCCAUCCUUAAUCUUCUGUUAGUUGGGACUGAGCGCUUCAUGGCUGUGUGUUUUCCCAUGAUGCACUUGAAAAUUCGCGCCCAGAGAGCCACGUUUCUGGUAUGUAUCUGCUCCGUUUGGGUGUGCAGCCUUAUUGCGACCUUACUCUCCAUGUUGGCGGCUGAUCCAGAUUUUGAAACUUGCGCGUAUUAUGAUAUAUUUGACGAAACAUUCCUUGUGACUACUAUAGCGUCUGGAGUCUUUCUACCUCUGAUUCUAUUGUUAGUGAUGUACGCUUGUAUCCACUGCAAAAUACAGACGCACUACAGGUUUGUUUCAAGGUCAUCUAAGAAAUCCAGGAGCUCAAGCGUGCAGUCCUUGGAAGUGGCGCGGAUCAAAGCGUCCUUCAAAUCCUCCAAGACGAUGGCCCUGGUGGUGGCGUGUUUCGCCCUUUGUUGGGGGCCGCUGUUUAUCACGAUGUUGUUGAGGAGUGUGUGUCAGUGGUGCCGCCUCCCGUGGGUCGCUAACGAGGUGAUCCUCCUCCUGGGAUUCACGAACUCCUUCCUGAACCCCAUCAUCUACUCCCUCCGACAUAAGACGGCCAGGACCUACGUCAACAGAAUCCUGUACACCCCCUGUCACUUCUGAGACUCGAACACAAAACUUUUCAAUUUUGUUGUCUAUCAGUCACUGUUUUGUCUCCUGAGAUUGUUGUUCCUUAAUUGGAUGUGAGAAUGGUAAUAACAAGUAGCAGUACUGAGGCAUUCAUUAGUUUUCCUAUAAGACUGACAAUUUCUAGGAAUACUGAGAACCUUGGAAUUACAAAUCUGUUACAAUAAGUUUCUACUGUAUGGAGAUAACUUUUGCAUUGUCUGGAGAAUAUACUUGACUUCUGUAACAUUGUUUUAAUCAUUAAAAAUUUAUUUGAGACAU